UUCUUUUUGUUUACCCAAACUGCAGCCAUAAACGACACAAAAAAGAAACUCGGCGAGUAUUGCAAAACGGUUUUGGCAAAAGAAACCGCUGGCUGGCCACAGGCGACGCGCACAAAAGGAAACGCUGGUUGGGGCCUGGGGGGCGAGUUCCUAUUUGGGUUUAUCAGCGCUUUUCUCGCUCCGCUUUUUGUGAUUUGAUCUCCCCAAAAGCUUUUUCAAGGCUCGCUUCGACAUUAUCCCACUUGCACGAACCACAAUACUUGAACACCCCUACGGCGAAACCACUUUAAAGAAAGACAUGGAGUAUGACACUCCCGCUCAACGACGCCUAGCCAGGCAAGUGUCGAAUGAGAUCGAUGAGCUGUUGAAACGGGAGCGGGCGGAGCAAUUGGCAAUAAAAGGUCCCAAAAUACUACUCCUCGGGUCUGCCGAUUCUGGGAAAACCACGGUGCUCAAGCAAAUCAAAAUCCUCCAUGGGAAUGGGUUUCCGGAUAAAGAGCGUCAAGCGUUCCGCCGGAAAAUCCUGGCCAAUAUCAUCGACUCGAUGAGAGCGCUAGUCAAUGCACUAAGUGCCUUGGGUGUGCCCCUAGGAGAACCUAACAACCAGCUACACAUUAAAACAUUCCAGAAAGCGGCUGGGGCUCAGAAUGGGGAGAGUCUUGAGGAGGAUGUUAUCGGAGCAAUCAAGGAACUAUGGGCUGACAGAGGCAUCCAGCAAUGCUACGCAAGAUCAAAUGAGUUUUUCAUACAAGAUACCGCAGACUAUUUCCUAAAUGACAUUGCCAAGUUUACGGACCCAUCUUUUAUUCCGUCUGAUGAAGAUAUCUUGCACACUCGGUUCCGUACAACGGAAAUUAGCGAAACCUGCUUCAACAUUGACAAAUUGACCUACCGAAUUUAUGACGUCGGCGGACAGCGCUCUGACCGACUGUUCUGGGCACCAUACUUUGAGGAUCAAGUGCACGCAAUCCUUUUCAUCACAUCAUUAGCUGCAUAUGACCAGAUGCUGGUUGAGGACAGGACAGUAAACAGGAUGUUGGAUGCACUGGUGCUAUUUGAAACGAUCACAAAUAACCCGUUGCUGAAGAAAGUGAGCAUCAUGCUCUUUCUGAACAAAAUGGAUCUGUUUGAAAGGAAGCUCAAGUACAGCCCAGUGAAGAAAUUCUUUCCAGAUUAUGAAGGCUCCAAUGACCUCAAAUCGGCGGGGAGAUACUUUAAAACAAAGUUCCAUGCCCAGAACAAGACGCCCGAGAAGAAGAUAUAUACGCAUUUCACCACCAGUACAGAUACGAAACACAUGAAGGUUAUCAUAUCUGCCGUGCGAGAUAUUGUCACACGCCUUUCACUGCAAGCCUCUGGUUACCUGUGAUCUCCUCCAUCUCGUCCAAACCCAACCCCACUCAUCUCCGCAUUUUUGUUUUUUUUUUUUCAAUUGGACUAGAGUAAUCCCUUCAGCUCAUAUGGUUUGAUAUAAAGUGUGCUUAUAGAGAGACAUAAUUAGACCACUUUUAUAUAUGCUAUUUGGGGUCCCAAAAAGAAUAGUCAAUUUACACGCA